AUGGCCCUUGCUGCGACGGGAGCGAUUUGGACACGAUACAGUUUCGUAAUCAUCCCAGUCAACUACAAUUUGGCCAGUGUGAAUUUCUUUGUGAUGUGUUCCGGUCUUUCACAACUCGCUCGAAUCGCUCAUUACAGGAGGACACAUCCAGAAGCUACGACACCUAAAACCACCCCGGGAACACAUUGA